CCUAAUCUCCAUGCUUCUCUGCAUGUUUCUAUAGCCCAUCCCUUGUUCUUUUCGGCAGCGGUGUUCUCAAUCUGAAUCCCCUGGUUCCCCUACAGCCGCUGCUGAGUGCUGACCGUAGCAGUAGCAGUAGCAGCAGCCCAGCAGCCGCCGCAGGCAGCGCCGACCAAGCCACCCAAGCCGCGGGAGCCCGAAGUCGUGGAGUUGUCAAAGAUUCAGAUUUCUUGCUCCUCCGCAGCAACUUGACAGGGUCCGAGCGCUGGAGGGCGGCAGCUGGUAGUUUCCAUGGUUCUUGGUUUGCUGCUGGGGUGGAGAUAACACGGCGGAGGAGAUUGGGGGCUGGCGGCGGGGCGCGGGAUGAUGGAGCCGCAGGUGGUGGACCUCGAGGAUGACAGCAUCAACUUCUGGGCUUCGCUCGGCGUCAACCCCCAUGUCGACCAGAUGCCGCUGCACAACGUCCAAAUCGUCAACCACCAGGCUCAGCCACUGCCGUCUGCGGCAGCGGCACAGCCGCAGUCCGUCUGCAGGGACCUCUUCCCAGUUGAGGCCGACGCCUGCCUGGAACCUCGGUUGGGGAUGGAGUUUGAGUCCGGCGAGGCAGCCAAAACCUUCUACAUUGCUUACGCCGGUCGUGUUGGGUUUUCCGUCCGCAUUGCCCGGUCGCGCAAGUCCAAGUGCAGUGAGUCCAUUAUCAUGUUACGGUUCGUGUGCUCGAGGGAAGGGUUCAGUAAGGAGAAACGCUCCGUUGCAGCUGGGAAGAAGACGAGGAAGCGGCAGGCCUCCAUUAGGGAGGGCUGCAAUGCCAUGCUCGAGGUGCUCCGCAGAGGCGAUAGCAAGUGGGUUGUUACCAAGCUUGUCAAGGAGCACAAUCAUGAGGUUGGGCUGCCCAGCAGAGUGCAUUAUAUUGCCAUCGAGAGUGAUGCUGUGGUUGACCCUUACAUUGGUAUGGAGUUCGAGUCCCUUGAGUCUGCCAAGACAUUCUACUACUCAUAUGCAAGCCGUACUGGGUUUGAAGCUCGUGUGCGUCAGUCCCGCAAGUCGCAAGAUGAGUCACUCAAGAUGCUGAAGCUCGUGUGCUCGAGGCAUCGAUACCAUUCAGGCCGGGAGAACAAUGGAGAGGAUACCAAGAGAGUGCGUGCGUCGGACCCCUCUAGGGAUGGCUGUGAUGCAUUGUUUGAGAUAAUUCGGAAGGGCAAAGAUGUAUGGACGGUCUCCAAACUCAUCCUAGAGCAUACUCAUGAGCUGAACCCAGCACCAGCAAGCAGAGUUCACUGUGUUCGAUCUCAAGGUGAGGUACUUGUCAUUGCAAAUAAUUUUGCCGACACACGCAAUCUCCUGCUGAAUGGCCAAGAUUCUCAGCAUCCUAGAGAGAUGCGGUAUAAUGAUUUAGGGCCAGAGGACACUCAAAGCCUAUUUGAAUAUCUUAAGAAGAGACAAGAUGAGGACCCUUCAUUUUUCUAUGCCGUGCAGAACGGAAAGAGUGGACUGGCAGCUAAUAUCUUCUGGGCUGAUGCUAAAGCUAGGAUGGCUUACUACCAUUUCGGUGAUGCUGUUAAGUUUGAGACAGCAUACCGGAAAAACAAGGAGACUAUCCCUAUCAUCAUAUUCUUAGGUGUCAAUCAUCAUGUGCAGCCCGUUGUGUUUGGCUGUGCACUACUUAUUGAUGAGUCUGAGGCAUCAUUUACAUGGUUAUUUGAAAAAUGGCUCGAGGCAAUGCACAUGGGGCCACCUAUUUCUUUGGUAACAGAGUUCAACCGGGUUAUGGGAACUGCUAUUGCCAAGGUAUUACCUGAUACCCACCAUAUUUUCUGUGAAAAGCAUAUCUUAGACACCGUGAAGGAGGGGCUACAUGGUAUGUUUCCAGAUAUAGAGCCUUUGAUAACUGAUAUGAGGAAGUGCAUUGAUUGCUCUAGAAUAGAAGAAUUGUUUGAAUCAGGUUGGAACUCGGUCAUCAUAAAGCAUGGACUUAGCAAUAAUGAGCUUUUACAAUCUCUCUAUGAUAUUCGCCAACAAUGGGCUCCUGCAUACACAAAAAAAGUAUUUUAUCCUGGAAACCAGAUGCCAACAACCAGUGAAAAUAUAGAGAAGGUUGUUGAGAAGCACUUUUCUUCCAAGACUGAAUUGCGGGUGGCGAUUUCGCAACUUGGAGAAGUUAUUUCCAGUUCAUUUGAUGCUGAAGUUCAGGCAGAUUAUUUUACAAUGUUCCAAAUGCCACCGUUGAGUACUGCCUCACCAGUAGAAAAACAAGGGAGUUCAAUAUUCACUAGCACAAUAUUUGGCUUAUUUCAGGGGCAAUUUGCUGAGUCUUUUGGGUACAAUGCCGAGAGACUCGAGGAUGAGACAGUACACAAGUAUAGUGUCACAAGAUAUGAGGGUGAUGAGGAGAUACACACUGUAUCUUUCAAUCCAGAUCAAAGUACCGUGAAUUGUAGCUGCUGCCUGUUUGAGAGCUGUGGCAUAUUGUGCAGGCACGCUCUCCGGAUUUUCAUUAUCGAAGGAGUACGCGUCCUUCCAAAAGCAUAUAUCCUGAAACGUUGGACAAAACAUGCAAAAAACAUAAUCACCUCUGAAAAUUACACUGAUCUGAGGGGAGACCAUGAGGAUCCUUCAACUGUAAGGUACAAUGAUCUCUGCUGUGAUGCAGUGAAAUGUGCAAAAGAAGGUUCAAAAUCCUCUGAAAUCUAUGCAAUUGCUAAAGAUGCACUGCACAAGGCUCUUGAUGAGGUAAUACGAUCGUCAAAGAACUUUAGAGAGCAGCAAACUUUGCGAAGCUGUACAACGUCAAUAAAAAGGCCAAUCAAGAAGUUUGAUAAGGCCAAAGAUUCCUCCGGUAAAAGCUUAAAGAGGUCAGCAUCUAAAAGUCCCCUCAUGGAGAGUGAUGAUAUUAGAUGACCAAUAAACCUCAAAUUAGGGAACAACAUGAUUUUCCUGUCACCUUGUAUGUAGCACCAUGCAGUCUAAUAAUUGCUAGUUAGAUUGUAGCUGGCUGCUGGAUUUGGCUAUUAUCAGAUCUAGUGGCCGUAAGGGUGAUAGUGAACCCUUAAUCUUGAGAGAUUAAUGCUCAAAAAAAAAAAGUAGAAACAGAUGCCUUUUUGUGGAAAGAUCUAUAAAUACUACUCCAGAUAGAUUGUUUUCUUAGUAGGAAACUGUGGCCUUAGUUUUCACUGUAGGAUUGCACGCCAUUGUGAUUUUCCUGCAUGCUAGUUGCAGUUCAAUUUUUAUGCUGCUAGAACUAUAAAUAUUGGCCUUUAUGACCCCACAAAUGGCGGAAUGCGCGGCAAUAACAGCUGUGGUUAUUUUAUGCGUUAAGAGUUGAGUGGGCUGAUGCAAUGUUACAUUUAGCAGUUAGAUAGGCUGAUAUAGUGGUUUGGGGAACCUUGAAAUACAUCUAUCAAAAGAUAAAUAUUUUUCUCUGAUGUUCGCAUAUCUUUGGCCAUUUGACUGAAGUGCAGUGACCUCAAAUUAAACUAUACACGAACUCAUUUCUUGAAUGUUUGUUUUUUAUUCUACUCAUUGAAGUAGUUAUCAAACCGCUUACAAGGCCGCGUACCGCAUAAAGAUCAUAAGAUAUAAUCUAUAAUGACAACUAGCUAACUGCUAUUUAGAACAUUGUUUGAAAAUUUGCGUUCAGAUAUUAGAUCCUAUUUGAACACACAUAGGAAUUAUUAUCCUUGUACGACCUUUGCCCUGAACUCCAACGGCCAACGUUGCAAAACAUUAUUGCUAGUCUAUCUCACUACCUAAUGAUAUUGGCAUACUGAAUCAUUAUUAACAAUUCACUUGCCUUAUCCAACUUCUAUCCUAGUUUAAUUCUUAUCUGAAUUGAUUUGUGGCAUGUGCUGCUCCCUCUGCAUAUCGUGUUCUUAGCAUACCUCCAAAAAACGUCUACUCUUCUAAAAGGACUAAAAGAGGUUCUUCUAGAGCUCUACUCUAUGCAUAUUAUGUCUAGCAUACUGGGAUCUCAUGACUCGUGCCUUCACUCUUGUCUAUGGUUCUCCCUUUUAGCAGCAUAGCUCGCCACAUAACUGGAUCAGUGCUCCCUUGCGCCCCAUCACCAGUUCCGGAUUUACUUGAUUGGUCCAUUGAGAGCCCAACGAGUUAAUAAUAAGCAAGUGCAUUUUCAAUUUCUAAAAAAUGUAAAUUUACAUUCUCAAUUGUAGUUGGUAUGGCGAUGUGUGCUGCAGUUUUCUUCCUUUCUGAUGAAUUGUGUCAGUUUAAAAUAUUGCUAGAAACAUGGAGGCGGCCAAAUCCUGCAGGGAAGUGAAUAUUGAACAUUUGAAUUUAUUCAGGUCCUGGAAUAUUCUUGAUACCUAUUUCUUCUGGUAAAUUAUACAUAACCUUCCAUUUGUGAUAAAAAAAAUUGCUCUGGUAUGCAUUUUAUUGCUUGUUCAUGGCAUAGUGUAUGCAUAAAGCAGUGAGGUAUUUCCCACAAAAUAAUGGUGUUUUGUAGAGCUACUUGUAGUCAUGGUUUCAGCUGGGCCGAAUAGUUGUGUUUGCUUGAUAGCACCAUAUUUUGUUUCCCCGUGCCCUCUCUACAUCCGUUUCUAUUCACUUCAAAUGUUCUUUUAAAUGAUAAUUAAUCUUUGCAGUGGUCGCUAACCCAGUGGGUCGUGGUUGGCCCAGGUUACGGUGAGGUCCUGUAGGGUAAAGCCGGGGUUUGGGAGUUUUCUCAGCUGGCUUGGUUGAGAUUUCUUCUUAGUGUAAUGCCGUGGGGGAGGUCUUUCCCCCGCCAGUCGAGUUUUUUUUAAUCUUUGGUUCCUUGAUCAAAUACUCUGAUUCGACACGCUUUACUUUUGUUUUACUAGAAUGUGGAUGUUGACUUACCUCUUUUCUAGUCGCAUAGCAAUAUGAUUCGCACUAUGUAACUGCCAAAUAUUGGUCCUGUACUUUUUUAUUUCUCUAUUCCAUGCCACUGCCUCGUGGGUUGUUUUUCAUAUCAAUUCAUAAUUUACUGGACAGGCAGUGUAAAGUUCACUUUUGGACAAUGCCAUGUUUGAGCAAUUGUCAGUGUUUUAUCUUUACAAAAUGGGAUUUGCAUGCCAUGGGUACCAUAUUACUGUUCUUCGUUUGCAACUGCAAACAAUACCAUCAUUAAGGCCUUGUUUGGAUGUGCCUAAUCCCAGUCUAAUCUACAUGUAUGGUAGAAUUUGAACUAAAUUCCUGGGACCAUGUGGGCUGGGUUAGGAUUCAGCAUCCAAACAGGCCCUAACAUUGAUCCCAAAUACAUUAUGAUGGCCAAUGGAUUUUCAUCUACUUUCCUUUCAGAUAUUUUUCUGUGCUUGCAAAUGGUUAACAUAUUUCGAAGACUACAUGAGGUCAAUAUUUCUCAUGAACUCUCAUUUAUGUUCCUUCUAUCAUUUCCCUGACAUUUCUGUGCCGUGAGUUAAUGAUGUUGCAACUUCUGUUCUGUAAUUUGUGUUAGCUCACCCCAAAAUUCUUGUCCGAAUCAUCUUCCAUUGUUGUUGGGCACAUCUGUAUUUAGGGCCAGUCUUGUCGAUAGAUUGAUAUUUCUUCUUUUCUUCAAGUGCUGCAUUACAUCCUAAAAGUGGUUCAAGUUGCUUGAUGAUGUUUUUACCUGAUGUCAAUUCAUACUGCACCUGGGCUAAUUGUGCUGCUUUUGUGCAUGUCUCAAUCUUUCCUCAUGUGGUAGUUUCCUCUGCUUGUUUUGACAUUUUUUUUGUAGUGUUUAACAAAAAACUUGACCCUUGGGGGAAGACCUCCCUGGGUUUAAGCCUAAGAUUGAGAGAAACUCAAUGAUAGGGUCGAGAAAAGGCCUGUACAAUGAACCUCUACCCACUGGACAGCUCUUAACCUUCAGUGUCACAACAAGGGGCCUUUUUUUGGGUGCAAGACCAGGGCUCAAACCCUGGCCGGCUGGCUCUACAUUGGACUCUAACCACUGGGCAUCAAACACUUGCUCACUCCUGCAUUUCAGCUUUGAGGUGCAGUUCGCGAACCACUGAAGGCUGGAAUCACCUUUACAUUGGUUUUGCUCCACUGUUGUCCUACAAAUGCUGUAAUUCUUACAGGCUUGGUUGCAAUCGCCGAAAGUGUUCAGUAUCAGCUGCAUGCCAUACUUCAAAUUGGCCGCAGGCUGAAUGACCAGGAGAGCUGUUUGUGCACUUCAAUUUCAUCAGAUCCUUUUUUUUCUUGAGGGAGUUCCCACAUGAUCCUGUCAGCAUGAACUUCGACAUGCUUUCAGCUGGAGGUCACUCUUUAUGUGCGCCAUUUUGUUGAUGUAAAUAAUUUGUUACAGUACUCGGUAAAAUGAAAAGAUGAGUGGAGUCAUGAAAGGGAAGUGCGCUGUUUCCCCGAUUAUGGAAGCAAGUGUGAUGAAAAAGGUGACACCUUGCACAACGUCUUCACAGUUCACAGCAAAUCUGAUUCCAUGGCUGGAACUUGUAGGAUGCUGUUGGACAUGUUCCUGGGGGCAAGAAGAUCAGUUGAACCUUCCUGAAACAGCACCACGCAUGCACAUCAUGCCACAGAAAGAGGACUGGCAUGCCAAGAUCUGUCUAGAUAGAAAGCAACAUCUAUGCAGAGACACGGCGCAAGAUCUAGCUCGAGAAGCAUGCUGCGAUCAUCGACUGUUGGCAUGCUGACCACUGUCACUGUGGCAUCUUACCUGGGAACAGAAAUGAAUUCGAGGAUGCCCACAUUUUCUCCAUUCAUUGAAGGGGAAUGCAAGGUGGGUGCAUCAGUGACCACUGAUCAGGCAUGUGCAUCCUGCAUCAGGCUCAUCACCCGUUUGUGCAAAGGUGAGAAGGUGGUGGUGGGUUUUCAGAUGCAAAUUGCAGGGUUUGGUGGCAGUCGUGCGGUUGCAAGUGUCAGGCACAGAACUGGAGCUUUCAGUUCAGACUCACUGGUGCUUUCAGUCCCAGGCAGACGUGUCCCGGCAUCUACCUCCCUACACGCGUCUCCAUCUGGCUGUUGAUCAGGCCCCACCAAACCCGCCGGCCCAUGGUCUCGCCGCGGCUGAGAUGGGGAUAGGUUGUGUGCUGUGUGUUGUCGCCGGCGUGGAGCUUGUGGCCGAACUGAUAGAGCACUAGGCUGGUCUGCCAUUGGCCGCCAGGGAGCAAGGGGGCAGCAUGCCUGGGUUUCUUUAACCUCCCUACGCUUCUGCUACCGUGCUUUGCCUUUUGCAGAGGCCUUGCUGAGUUAGUCACCUGCAUAAUGAAGGAUACAUGGCUGCUGUCUGCAGCUUGCUUAAUUUCCUCACCAAUUACUACUCCAGUAUCAAACCUUUCUUAUCAUCCGGAUCGAUAAUUGAGUGUGCAUCAUUUGGAUAAUAUUGUAAUUAGCUGUUGCAUCCCCUUCCUUUGGGCAUACUCAAUGUGGACCAAGUGAGUUCACUUUGCUCUUCUUUCUUUAAGAGAAGUGGAUCAGUUGAUCCAAUCUAGUCAUGUUCUAUGCUUAAACUGAAGUGAACCAAUGCGACUUAGUGCUUGAUUCCAUGUU